CCCAGUUGCUCAGCUAUAAAAACAUCACAUCAGGCUGAACUUCACAUCUCUUCAGUUUCAACAUCAACCAUGUUCUCUGUAGCUCUGCUGCUGCUGUUGGCAGCUGGAUGUGUGAAGUGUGACACGUUGACACAGCCAGGCUCUGUGACUGUGCAGCCAGGUCAACGUCUGACCAUCUCCUGUCAGGUCUCUUAUGAUAUUAGCAGCUACUACACAGCGUGGAUCAGACAGCCUGCAGGGAAAGGACUGGAGUGGAUUGGAAUGAAACAUGGAGGUGGAUCUUCAUACUACAAAGAGUCACUGAAGAACAAGUUCAGUAUCGACGUAGACUCUUCCAGCAAAACAGUGACUCUAAACGGACAGACCAUGCAGCCUGAAGACACUGCUGUGUAUUACUGUGCCAGAAGACUAUGGGGUGGGAACGACUAUGCUUUUGACUACUGGGGAAAAGGCACCAUGGUCACCGUCACCUCAGCCACUUCAACCAAACCAACUGUGUUUCCUCUGAUGCAAUGUGGUUCUGGGACUGGAGACACAGUCACUCUGGGCUGCAUUGCCACCGGCUUCACACCCUCCUCACUGACCUUUGCAUGGAGCAGAGCAGAUGGCGCCGCCUUGACCGACUUCAUACAGUACCCUCCAGUCCAAAAGGACAACUAUUAUACGGGAGUCAGUCAAAUCCGAGUGAGCAGCCAGGACUGGGCCGCAAAGAAUGCUUUCCGAUGUGCCGUGUCACAUGCAGCGGGAGAUGCAGAGGUCACUUUCGAAAAGCCAAGACAGCGGAUUGUCUCUCCAAACAUCACAUUACACCCUGUUUGGGAGGGUGAAUUUGGGACCUCACCAGUCAGACUAAUCUGCACCAUUAGAGGCUUCUUUCCAGACAAACUGAGUGUGGAGUGGAAUCAGGACAACCGACCUUUAAACAUUGUGCAAAUCCAAAGAAAGCUGCAGAGUACGGAGGAAAUGGAGAAAACCUUCAGUCUAAGCAAUGAGAUUGAGCCAAAUAUGACUGAGUGGACACAGGCCUCAAGUUUUACGUGCAAGUCCAUCCACAACAAUCAGGAAUUUAGAAAAACAAUAAAUAUUUGUCAAUAUCACACAAGGGCCCCUCCUGCCAUCCAGGUGGAGAUUCCCAGCUUCAAGAAAGUAAUGACUGCAGAAUCCACUGUACAAGCAACAUGUGUUGUCCGCACUGUCCUUGAUGCCAAAGUGACCUGGCUGAUGAAUGAGAGUGUCACACCGGGUAGCACAGUGAGAGUGGCCACAAACACAACUCAUUUAUUCAGUGAACUGACAGUUUCUUCAAGUCAAUGGAAACAACUCAAGUCUAUAACAUGUAAAGCAGACCAUAAGUGCUUCUCAUCCACUAAGAGGACUGUUAAUAUUGCAGGGCCUGCAGUUCCAGCUCCAUUGGUUGAGAUCAGGAGAUCUCUCAAAGAUUUGCUUAAAGGAGACAGUGUUGUGCUGGAGUGUGAUGUCACAGCACUCUCAUCACUUGACCUGGCCAUCACCUUUCAAGCCAACAGUGUUGACAUCUCUGGCAAACAGUAUGUUGAAUUUCCUGAAGCCCCAGGCCUCCUUUCAAUCAGUAGAAGUUUCUCUGUUCCUUCAAGUCAUUGGAAGAAAGACACACGUUUCACCUGCAAAGUGGACCACGGAUUCUCCAGCAGCUUUGAGUCAAACUCCACAGGCAAUUUCUUUGCUGACGCAUCAAUGGAACUUCUUCUGGCCCCCAGUGAAGAGUUAGGGCCACAGAGACUACUAUGCUUUGCCUGGGGCGUCAACCCUCAAAUCAAAUGGUCUACUGAGUCUCAGCACAGAGCUUCAUCAACCAAUGACAUCAGCAUGGGUGAAGAUGGACGUGUGGCAGUAACCAGUCAUCUUCAUGUCCCUCACACAGAGUGGAAAACAGGGAACGUCUUCACGUGUGACGUAUCUGACAAGUAUCUGAACACACAUGUGAGAAAGGACAUCAGCCUCUGCUCAGUAACUCCUGCAUCAUCUCAGAUAGUCGGCGUAUAUGUUCAGGGACCACCACUGGAGGAGCUUCAGAGCAAGGAACAAGUGACAAUCACCUGUCUUCUGGUCGGCCCUUCUCUUAAUGAUUUCUCCGUCACCUGGAAAGUAGGUGGGAACCAUUAUUCCUCGAAUGUCCAUAAGGAGCCUCCAGUGAGUCACAGCAAUGGGACAGAAACUUUGCAGAGCUCCCUCAAUGUGUCAGCGGAGGAUUGGCACGCAUUUGAACCAGUGUCUUGUGAGGCCAAGCACCGAUGCUCCAACCAGGGCUCUGCGGACCAUAUAACCAAAAACAGAGAGCUGUAUCCACCAGCAGUGAAGAUAAUACAACCAACUGCCUAUGAGCGUUCUACAUCAGACGUCCUUGCACUUAUUUGCCUCGUCUCUGGAUUUUUACCAUCUACUAUCACAGUGCACUGGGAGGAGAAUGGCCAGAGACUCCCUUCAACUCACUUCACCAACAGUCCAACAUGGAAAUACCCAGGGAAGGCAACAUAUUCAAUGAGCAGCAGACUAAACACAUCAAAGGCUGCGGACAAUGAGUCUACGUAUUCUUGUGUCGUCAGACACGAGUCAUCUGAAAUGCCUUUUCAAAGCACGAUAAAGGAUGUGUUUGCCACAGUGACCCACAGCGAACCUUCAGCGACCUUGCUCCAGGGUUCUGGGGAACUUGUGUGCCUGGUCUUUGGCUUCAGCCCUGCAUCCAUUAACAUCACUUGGUUUCUUGAUGACACCAAUAAACUGUUGGACUACAACACUAGUGAACCCCACAGAGGCCCAAAUGGAAAGUUCAGCAUUCAAAGCCACCUGCGUCUGUUCCAAGUCAUCUGGUUACCUGGUGCAAAGAUAACCUGCAGGGUGACACAUGCAAACAUCACCCUAUCCCUGGAUGUAUCUAAACCAGACUCCUUGGAGGACUGUGAUUUUUUAGAUGACAUCAUGCAUGCUGAAGGGAAUCAGGACACAGGGGUGGAAAGCUGGUUCAUGGCUUUCACUUUCCUCAUUUUUUUCCUCAUCUCCAUCAUCUAUGGUGUCUUGGCUACCAUGAUGAAGGUUUACAUGGAUCGUGGUUAUAUCUGGACCGUGGUUCUGCCCGACACCUCCUGCUAUUAUCAUUGUUAUUGCUUGCUGUAUUGCUAGUUUAAUUACUGCCUUUAUUAUCAUUAUUAUUCUACCAUAUCCACUGUUGCUGUUCUAAUUGGUAGUUGUAACUUUUUCAUCAUGUGCCUACUACUCUCAUUAUAUGAAGAAUUUCUGUCUUAUGCAUUACAUUGUAACUCUGUUAUGUUGUUCAUUCUGUGCACAUGCCAUCUAUUGUACUUCUUUCCAUCCUGAGAGAGGGAUCCUCCUCUGUUUCUCCCCAUGAAAGUUUCUUUUGGGGGAGUUUUUCCUGAACCGAUGUGAAGUCCUGGGACAGAGGAUGCCAUAUGUGUACUGUAAAGCCUCUGAGGCAAAUCUGUCAUUUGUGAUUUUGCAAUACAAAAUAUAUUGAAUUGAAUUGA